AUGGCCAAGGAGAGCGCCCGGCCCCCUCUCGCCCCUCCCGCCCCAGGGCCUUCCGGGCGCCUGUACCUGAGAGCAGAGAAGGUGCGUCUUGCCGCCCCCCUGUACCUUCUUCUGGCUGGACUACUGGCCCUUUCUCAAGGUCAGCUGCACCCUGAUGGUGAGGGUUCCGCCAACAGCUCCUGCCAGGAGGCUCUAGGUACAGGUGAGGGUUCCCCCAGCCUCAAGAUCGCUCCUGGAAAUACCAACUUUGCCUUUCGCCUCUACCAUCUGAUUGCUUCCCAAACCCCUGGCAAGAACAUCUUCUCCCCGGUGAGCAUCUCCACCACCUUGGCCAUGCUUUCUCUGGGAGCCCGCUCACACAGCCAGAACCAGAUCCUCAGGGGCCUAGGGGUCAACCUCACAGAGAUGUCGGAGGCCGAUAUCCACCACGGCUUCCAACACCUUCUACACACUCUCAACCUCCCCGGGAACAGGCUGGAUAUACACAUGGGAAGUGCCCUGUUUCUGAGCCAGGGUCUCCCCUUUCUUCCGAGAUUCCUUAACGACACCCUGGCUUUAUACGAGUCCCGAUUUUUCCCCACUAACUUCUAAGACACUGAGAGUGCAACCCGGCUUAUCAACGAUCAUGUCAGUAAGGAAACGAGGGGGACGAUUGGGAAUCUGGUCAGUGGGCUCAGCUCGGAUAUCAUGAUGGUGCUGGUGAAUGACAUUUACUCCAAAGCUCUGUGGGAAAAACCAUUCAGACACGCAGCAACCACCCUCCAAAACUUCUACAUUGAUGAGAAGGCAACGGUCCAGGUACCCAUGAUGCUGCAGGAUAAUGAGCACUGGUACCUUCAUUAGAUGAACUACGAGGGAGAUUGAAUGGUGCUUUUCAUUCUUCCUAACCAAGGCAAAAUGAAGCAGGUGGAAGACCUUUUGACUCCAGAGAUGCUGAUAAGAUGGAACAACUUACUCCAGAAAAGCUAAUCAUUGUCCUAUUUCUACAGGAAGCUAGAGUUGCAUUUCCCCAAGUUCUCCAUCUCUGCCUCCUAUGAAUUAGAUCAGAUCUUGCCCAAGCUGGGCCUCACUGACCUCUUCUCACAGAGGGCCAACUUGUCGGGCAUCAGCCAACACCUGAACCUACAGGCAUCCAAAAGUUUCCACAGAGCCACCCUGGAUGUGGAUGAGGCUGGCACCCAGGCUGCAGCGGCCUCGACCUUCUGCAGCAUAUUCCUGUCUGCCCAGAAUAAUCCCCGAAUCAUUUGCUUCAACCGGCCCUUCCUUGUGGUGUUAAUCUCCACCAGCACCCAGAGCUUCCUUUUUAUGGGCAAGAUUGGCAAUCCCAUGGGACCAUAG